AUGUCUGUUAUUCUAUUUAAUGAAAUAACAAAUACCAAAAAAUACAAAUUUAAGCACCAAACUGAUUCUAAUUUGGCUUCAAAUUCAGAUAUUUAUUCUGAAAGUAUUAAUACUUCUAGUGAUAAAUCAUUGAAUGAAGAUAAUAUUGAUAUAAAUUUUAUUAGUGAUACAAAUAGUUCUGAUAAAGAUAGUGAUGCAGAACAUUCAAGUAAAAAUAGUGAUGCAGAACAUUCAAAUAAAAAUAGUGAUAUAGAACAUUCUAAUAAGAAAUAUAAUAUUAAAACUAAAUCACAGAAAAAUACCAGUUGGUUAUCAGAUAGACAAAGAGAAUAUAGACAGUUGGUUAAGACACAGGGUUCAACUGGUAACUUUCAAACAUAUUUAAAUACACUUAGAAUUACUAAACCUAUUAAAGUUAUUAAUUCAAUUAUAGUAACUAAUUUACAACUUCUUUAUCUCUUGCAAAAUAAAAGUUUUAUUGAAUUUGUUUAUACAUUAAAUCUAUAUUAUGAGUUGCUAUCUGAUAAAUAUAUAAAAGAACUAAUUUAUCAAAGUUAUAAUUAUUCAGUAAUAUCUUUAAAAAAACUUUUCACAUCAGAAAUAGAAACAUGUAAAUUAACAUAUGAUUUUUGGACUACAUAUUCUAAAAGUGAUUAUAUAAGAGUAAUAUGUCAUUUUAUUAAUUCAGAUUAUAAAUUAAAUGAAGUUAUACUUGUAAUUAGACAUAUCCUAUAUCCUCAUGAUGCUAUAACUAUUAAGAAUGAACUAGAGAAUAUAAUUAUUAACUGGGUUCUUGAGGAAUUAACUAUGCUCUUAGCUCCUUUUGCUGAAAUUACAGAAUUGUUAGAAGAAGAAGAUAUUAUUGAUUUUAAUGAAGAAUUAGAAAUUAUUACUACUUCUAAUAGAAAUAAAUUUAAGCUUAGUCAACCUCAAAAUACAGAAAGUUUAGUAGAAAAAGUAAAAGCAAAUAGUUGGAAGUGUAAUAAAGCUAUUAGUCUUUUGCAAGAAGAAUAUAAUUUACUUAGUAAUAGAAAUGAAACUAUUAAUAAUCUGCUAAAUGAAGAUCAAAAUAAAAAUCAUAUGAAACUUUUUUCAAUAAUAUUUGGAUUUGAUGAAAUAUCAAUAUCAAAUAAUAAAGUAAAUGAAUAUUUUAAAAUUGAUCAAUUGGCAUGUAAAUAUUUGAUAAUACCUACAACAUCAAUAUCUAGUGAACAUUUAUUUUCAAGUACAGAUGUUUAUAGAAAGCUUGAUUCAAUUUCUAAAAGUUAG